GACCCUACAGUUCAGAGCAAUGGCGACCUCCAUGCACCAUGUGAGCUGUGAGUCUGGACCAUAACAGCGCGUUUAUUUCCUCUUUAAUCUGCUUUUUACUAAUAUUACAGGGGUUUAAUCGGUUAUAAUACAGUAUAUAGAGCUGUAGCAUGCGUAAAUGUUUAUUUAACGCGUAAAACGGCGUUAAAUUAGCCUUAAAUCAGAGAGAAACUAAAAAAAGCAGCGGUAAAUCAGAGAGAAACGGAAUAAACAGCGUUAAAACAGAGUUAAAUCAGAAAGAAACGGUAUAAACAGUUAAAUAAGAGAGAAACGGACUUGUUAGCGUCAAAUUAGCGUAAAGUAAGAGAUAAACUGUGUUAAAUCAAAGAGAAACAGAAUAAAUCGCUUAAAAUUAGCGUUAAAUCAGAGAGAAAGUGAAUAAACAGAGUUUAAGCAGAGAGAAACUAAACAAACAGGGUUAAAUUAGAGAGAAACUGAAUAAAAACAGUUAAAUUAGAGUUAAAUCCAAAAGAAACUGAAUAGACACAGUUAAAUUAGAGUUAAAUCCGAGAAAAUCUGAAUUAACACUGUUAAAUUGGAGUUAAAUCAGAGAGAAACACAAUAAACAGAGUUAAAUUAGAGUUAAAUCUGAGAGAAACGGAAUAAACAUCAUUAAAUUUGAGUUAGAUCAGAGAGAAACUGAUUAAACAUAGUUAAAUCAGGGAAAACGUAUUAAACAGUGUUAAAUCUGAGAGAAACUGAAUAAACACAGUUAAAUUAGAGAUAAAUCCGAGAGGAACUGAAUAAACACAGUUAAAUUAGAGUUAAAACCGAGAGGAAUUGAAUAAACAGAGUUAAAUUAGCAUUAAAUCAGAGAGAAACAGCAGCAGAUAUGAAGCCUAAAGGGCGCUUCAGAGGGAAGCAGCAGCAGAAGAAGCUGCAGCAGAUGAUGGUGAGUGUGGAGAGCUUUGUGAAGAGCCGGGGAGGACAGGAGGAGGAGGACAGUGACCGGUUUGAGAGGAUGGGGAAUCUGAUGAAGAGGAAGAGUAGGAAGGAUCUGCGCAGAGAGAAGAGGAGGAAUAAGAAGCUGAGAAAUCAGAGGAACCCUGCAGCUCAGACCCAGAGCUCUGAGGGAUCUGCAGCAGCUCAGACCCAAACCAAUAACAAGAGCAUCCUCAAAACCAAGGCUGGCAGUGAUGAUGGAGCUGGUGGAAAGAACAGAGUUCAGUUCAGAGAUCCAGAAACCAAAGAAAAACCUGAGAAAUCACCUAAAGAAAAGCCUAAAAGGAAAGUCCACUUUGACGACGCCGCUUCUCAAGAAACUAAGAAGGCCAAGCUGAACAUAGCGAGGAGGAAAGCGCUGCUGGAGGCAAACGAGGCCGAGGACAAGGAGAUCAAGAAGCUGGAGAAACGCCUUCAUCUCAACAAGAGGAAGAACAAGCGCACUCUUCCUCAGUCCUUCAUCGACGACGGACUGGAUUACAUCCUGGGCAUCCUGGAGCCGGGGGGGUGCGGGGCGCUGCUGGAAGACGAGGAUGAUGAGGGGGGCUUGGAGAGACUGAAGGAGAUCAGUGACAGUGAGGAAGAGGAGGAGGGGGAGAGGGAUGCUGGUCGGGAGAAAGAUUUGGAGGGUGUUACUGAAGAAGUAGAUGAAGGAAAUGAGGAUGAAGAUGAGGAGGAUGGUGGUGGUGAUGAUGAUGGGAUUGAGGAGGAAGUUGAUGAUGAUGAUGAUGAUGAUGAAGAGGUUGAGGAGGAAGGUGGAGAUGAUGAUGAGGAGGAGGAGGAGGAAGAAGAGGUAGAAGGUGUCCCAGAAAAUGAGCAGGAGGAAGAGGAGGAGGAAGAAGAGGAGGAGUCUGAAAAGUCGACCAACAGCGAGCAGCCAAGCACGUCCACUGUGGGUAAAUACGUCCCCCCUCAGCUGCGGGAGGCAGCGGACAGUAAGCGUAAAGCUGAGCUGGAGAGGCUGAAGCGCAGUCUGAAGGGUCUAAUCAACAGGCUGAGUGAGGCGAACAUGGCGUCCAUCAGCGGGCAGGUGGAGGAGAUGUACAUGAGCUGCAGCAGGAAGGACAUGAACGACACGCUGACGGAUCUUCUGCUGGCUGCGUGCGUCACGCCGACUCUGAUGCCUGACAGGCUGCUGAUGGAGCACGUGCUGGUUCUGAGUGUUCUGCAUCACACAGUUGGUCUGGAGGUUGGAGCUCAUUUUCUGGAGACGGUGGUGCGGAGGUUUGAUGAGAUGUACAGGCAGGGUUCUGAGGAGGGUAAAGAGUGUGAUAAUCUUCUGUCCAUCGUGGCUCAUCUGUAUAACUUCCACGUGGUUCACGCUCUGCUGCUGUUCGACGUGCUGAAGCGGCUGCUGGGCUCCUUCAGCGCGCGGGACGUGGAGCUGGUGCUGCUGCUGCUGAGGAACGUGGGCUUCGCUCUGAGGAAGGACGACCCGCUGGCCCUGAAGGAGCUGAUCACCGAGGCCCAGCGUAAAGCCAGCGCCGAGGGCCAGCGCUUCAGCGACCAGACCAGGGUGCGGUUCAUGCUGGAGACCAUGCUGGCGCUGAAGAACAACGACAUGCGGAAGAUCCCCGGUUACGAUCCUGAACCUGUGGAGAGACUCAGGAAGCUGCAGCGCACUCUGAUCCACAACCGUGCGAGUGGGACUGACGUGAAGCUCAGAGUGUCUCUGGAGAAUCUUCUGGAAGCCGAGCGGGUCGGCCGCUGGUGGAUCGUGGGCUCGUCCUGGAGCGGGGCUCCAAUGAUUAGUGAGAACAACGAGAACAAGGCGACCUCACAGCCGCCUAAAGGGGAACAGUUCAGCGCUAAAGUGCUGGAUCUGGCCCGUAAGCAGCGGAUGAACACAGAUAUCAGGAGGAACAUCUUCUGUGUGAUCAUGACGAGCGAGGACUAUAUGGACGCCUUCGAGAAGCUUCUGAGGCUGGGGCUGAAAGGUCAGCAGGAGAGGGAUAUCGUUCAUGUUCUGCUGGACUGCUGUCUGCAGGAGAAGAGCUUCAACGGCUUUUACGCUGUUUUAGCGGAGAAGUUCUGCUCACACGAUCGCCGCUUCCAGAUGACGUUCCAGUUCAGUCUGUGGGAUAAGUUUAAAGAACUGGCGUCCCUCUCCAGCAGCUCCUUCACUAACCUCGUCCAGAUGGUGAUCCACCUUCUACACAAGAACUCCCUCUCCCUCUCCAUCCUGAAGGCUAUAGAGUUUGGAGAGCUCGAUAAGCCGAAAGUGAAGUUUUUGAGGCAGAUUCUCUCUAAACUCCUACAGCAGACCCAACCUGAGGACCUGGUGCAGAUGUUCGGCAGGAUUUCAGGGAUUCCGAAGCUGGGAAUGUUGCGGGAAGGCCUGAAGCUCUUCAUCAAACACUUCCUGCUCCGGAGCUCUCAGACACAGGGGUCAGCCGAGCAGAACACCCAGCUCACAGAGCGCGCCGAGAUCGCCAUCAAAGCCAUGGAGGCUCGGGACUCCCAACUCAAACUGUAACACAGAGAGAAACACACAGUGUUUCAGUGACUGGAGGAUUAUCAGGACUCAAUAUGAGGAGUGGAUGAGAUUUUGGAUGAAGUAUGGCUGAUCUCCAGCAGGUGGCGCUCUGUCACUGAUUUUUCUCCCAGAGAAAGGACCUUUAACUCAUCCUGGAUCCAUAAUUUCCUCAAUAAUGCCUCUUUCUCUUGUGUAAUAAACUGAAAUUGGAUGCAUUCAUAACAGAAACAACACACAUGUUCUUGUUUUGGAGACUUUUUGGAAAGUUUACAGUGCCUCGAGCUCUGGUACUCUUACUGUUAGCAUCAUUACAAACCCUAAACUGGGUUAUAACGUUCUGCUAUAGUCAAUUUAAGUGUAUAAAUGGUGCUUUAAACAGUCACAGCAUUGUGAACUUUAGAGAAAGUGAAUAAAUAUCAGAGAUUAACUAUUUACAGAAUAUACAGCUCUGAAAAAAAUAAGAGAUCACUUAAAAAUGAUGAGUUUCUUUGAUUUUACCAAAUUGAAAACCUCUGGAAUAUAAUAAAGAGGAAGGUGGAUGAUCACAAGCCAUCAAACCAAGCUGAACUGCUUGAAUUUUUACACCAGGAGUAAAGCAGCAUAAAGUUAUUCAAAAGCAGUGUGUAAGACUGGUGGAGGAGAACAUGAUGCCAAGAUGCAUGAAAACUGUGAUUAAAAUCCAGAGUUAUUCCACCAAAUAUUGAUUUCUGAACUCUUAAAACUUUAUGAAUAUGAAUUGUUUUCUUUGCAUUAUUUGAGGUCUGAAAGCUCUGCAUCUUUUUCUCAUUUUCUGUAAAUAAAUGCUCUAAAUGAGAAUAUUUUUAUUUGGAAUUUGGGAGAAAUGUUGUCUGUAGUUUAUAGAAUAAAACAACAAUGUUCAUUUUACUCAAAUAUAAACCUAUAAAUAGCAAAAUCAGAGAAACUGAUUCAGAAACUGAAGCGGUCUGUUAAUUUUUUUCCAGAGCUGUAUCUGAAUAUUGUCCAAGAUAUUAAAUUUAUUGGAAAAAUCUUAAGAUUUACUUAUUAAUUAGUUGUUAAGAAAAAAGACCUGGAAGAAUUUCUGGAAGUAUUCAGAAAAUAUUUUCCUAAAUAGACUUUAAGUCAGUUAUUUUCAACUGAAGACAUUUUUGGAGUGUAUUAAAGGCUUUAUAUCAUCUUUAAUAAAAGACUGAAUUCUUGGA